UCCUAGUUUGAAUGAGGCGGUGUAGUGCAGCUGGUGUGAGGCGGACACACCAGUUUCCACCUCACUUGAGUCACAGUUGCCCGAGUGUGAGCACGUCGCCUGUCCCUCGUCUCUGCUACCUUCAUAAUGGUGCACCAAGUCAGUGACAAGGAAGAUUUUGACAAGAAAUUGUCAGAAGCUGGUGACAAGUUAGUCAUUGUUGACUUCUAUGCUACCUGGUGUGGGCCAUGCAAAAUGAUAGCACCUAAGCUUGAGGCUAUGAGUGAAGAGAUGACUGAUGUGGUAUUCUUGAAGGUGGAUGUUGAUGAGUGUGAGGAUGUAGCCAUGGAACACCAGAUUUCUUGCAUGCCAACCUUUGUAUUUUUCAAAGGUGGCCAGAAGAUUGAGUCCUUCUCUGGCGCUAAUGAAGUAAAGAUUCGUGAAACUCUUGACAAACAUCGAUAAACUGGAUUGCUACCUCCAAGAAAUGCUCUCCAUACAUUUAGUUUAUCGAAUCACAUUUACAGCACUAAUCUAUCAAUUAAUUUCACCUUGUUCUGUUUUGCUCAUAGAUAAAAAUGUGGAAAAUUAGAUAACUUUUGUGCUGCAUAUGUAGAGUGAAGCUCUUGGGGCUCUGCUGAUAGUUUUGAAAUGUAUUAAUGAAGUUAACGUUAUGCUUGUACUUGAUGGCACUGUUAAAUUUUUGUAGAUUCUAUAAAACUGCUUUUCAGUUGAGGUUCUUUUAAUGGUAAAUUUCCUUAAUUGUGUAUAUUUUAGCAUAUCAAAAAACUUUGCUUACAUUAUGGUUGUUUGUGCCUUCUGGUUGUGACUUAUUUAAAAAAAAUCAUAAUGGCCAAUAAAAUAAAGUAUCUACAA